AUGGUUAGUGGGCUGGGGCUACACCUUGAACAGACUGGCAUUUCAGGGGAGGGGGCAGGAACAAUCCUGUCCCACCGGAAGUUCUCUGCCCCUCGACAUGGACACCUGGGCUUCCUGCCCCACAAGAGGAGCCGGCGGCACCGGGGCAAGGUAAAGAGCUGGCCUCGGGAUGACCCCAGCAAGCCUGUGCACCUCACAGCCUUCCUGGGCUACAAGGCCGGCAUGACCCACACGCUUCGAGAAGUGCACCGCCCUGGACUGAAGGUUUCCAAGCGAGAGGAGGUAGAAGCUGUGACCAUUGUGGAGACCCCGCCGCUGGUAGUGGUGGGCGUGGUGGGCUACGUAGCCACUCCCCGCGGGCUGAGGAGCUUCAAGACCAUCUUUGCCGAACACCUCAGUGACGAGUGCCGCCGCCGCUUCUACAAGGAUUGGCACAAGAGUAAGAAGAAAGCCUUUACCAAAGCCUGCAAGAGGUGGCGAGACUCCGACGGCAAGAAGCAGCUCCAGAAAGACUUUGCCGCUAUGAAGAAGUACUGCAAGGUCAUUCGGGUCAUUGUCCACACCCAGAUGAAGCUACUGCCCUUUCGGCAGAAGAAGGCCCACAUCAUGGAGAUUCAGCUGAAUGGUGGUACUGUGGCUGAGAAGGUGGCCUGGGCUCAGGCACGGCUGGAGAAGCAGGUGCCUGUACACAGUGUGUUCAGCCAGAGUGAGGUUAUUGAUGUCAUUGCUGUCACGAAGGGCCGGGGUGUUAAAGGGGUCACUAGUCGCUGGCACACCAAGAAGCUGCCAAGGAAGACCCACAAAGGCCUGCGCAAGGUGGCUUGCAUUGGUGCCUGGCACCCUGCCCGAGUAGGCUGUUCCAUUGCCCGGGCUGGGCAGAAGGGUUACCAUCACCGCACAGAGCUGAACAAGAAGAUCUACCGCAUUGGCCGGGGGCUGCACAUGGAAGAUGGGAAGAUGGUUAAAAACAACGCGUCUACCAGCUAUGACAUCACGGACAAGUCUAUCACACCACUGGGUGGUUUCCCCCACUACGGGGAAGUGAACAAUGACUUCGUCAUGUUAAAGGGCUGCAUUGCAGGCACCAAGAAGCGGGUGAUCACACUGAGAAAAUCCCUCCGAGUGCACCACAGCCGCCAGGCCCUGGAGAGUAUUGAGCUCAAGUUCAUUGACACCACUUCCAAGUUCGGCCAUGGACGUUUCCAGACUGCGCAGGAGAAGAGGGCCUUUAUGGGACCCCAAAAGAAGCAUUUGGAGAAAGAGAAGCCGGAGACCCCAGGAAACAUAUAGGAUGCCUGCAAUGGAGCACACUCAGGAAUGCUCCUGCUGUCUGUCCUGUCCUUUUUGUUCAAUAAAGUCCUGAGGCAACUCUUAUUUUCUCUCUCUUUCUCUCUCUUUCUUUCUUUCUCUGUCUCUUUUCUUUCUCUCUCUCUUCUUUCUUUCUCUCUUCUUUCUUUCUCUCUCUCUCUCUUCCUUCCUUCCUCCCUUUCUCUCUCUUUCUUUCUCGCUCUCUUUUUCUUUCUUUCGUUCUUUUUCUUUCUUUCUCUUUCUUUUCUCUCUCUCUUUCUUUCUCUCCUUUCUUUCUCUCUCUCUUUCUUUCUUUCUUUCUCUCUCUCUCUCUCUCUCUCUCUCUCUUUAUUUCUUUCUUUUCUUUUCUUGUUUUUUUCACACUCCCUGGUAGGCCUGAGGUAACUCUUAAGCCUGGGUCAGGGUUGGGGAGGUCCAAAAGGCGGGCCGACUGUUGCAGGGCGCAGAGUUUAGCGCCGG